AUGACAAACACUUACAGUCAAAGAUCGUUAACAGUUCUGGCACUUUUGGGGAUUCUGUCUGCGAUAAUGUCUUUGCUGUCAGUCGUCCUGAUCUUUCAGCUACAGUCUCACAACUCGGGAACCAAAGAAUCUUCUUCCCGUCCAUCCGUCGUUCCACCUGGAGUUUCGGCAGUUCUGCUGCCCGUAUCUACAGUACUCACAGCCUUGUCUCUGACACUCAAUUUGAGCUCUGUGAUAGUUUGUCUUCUACACAGCUACUUCACCACCGAGAUUUGCAAGGGAGUGGACGACACAGACAGAGCAGACUGGUUCUUACUGGACAGCAGACCUGUUCGUCAUGUGGCAGUUGGACUGUUUUGCCUUGGGAUUUCAGUGUACUUAGCAGCCAUGUCUAUCUACAUGCUGCUGGUGUUUGAGGUGGAGACCGGCAUAGCGAGUGCCUGCGUCCUGGGCUCAGGAAUCCUGGUCCUGCUGGUCAUCGUGGCGCACUCCCUGGUUCGGGCUGCCUGCAGCGCCAGGCACUACCACGGCGAGCUCCCCGACACCAUGUAUCAGAACGACCACGAGAGCUGCCCCGGCGUCCGCCCCUCCGAGCUCGGCCUCGGGGACAAGCCCAAGAAGCACCGCAGCCGCUCCAACAUGCACCGGCAGUUCUCCUACCCGCCCUGCGCCGACCCGAAGCAACAGUACUCCUCGCACAGCGGCAGCCACAGUCACGCCAGCGACAAAGAGGCCUAUAGCAGCGGCGGGAGCGUGCCCAGGAUGCACCGGACCCUUUCAGCAGAGUCCGGCCUGCUACAGGCACAGGCUAAGCCCUGGAAUGGUAUCAACAGUGAGAUGAGGACAGUGCUAGCGCGCAAGUCAGGUGGCACGGGCAAGGACUCCACUCUGGUCUGAUCAGCACUGACUGUGCAUGGGCAGAAGUGACAGAAGAGGGCAGGGAAUGGGGCUAGAUGUCAGCUGUCAUGAGCAUCUUUUUAUACAAGCUGGUUUUAAUGCCAGUGCAUCAUCUACAGGCAAAGUGCAUAGCAUAUCCAUUCAUUCACAUCUGUUAAGAUUAAAUGCUCAAUAUGUGCAACAGCACUGGAUGUUUUCUGCAUUUACCGUUCAAACAAAUAAAAAUAGCCAGACACAAGUACGAAUACAUGCCCCAGUCAACAGUUAUCGCGGGGAAUACAAAUAUAAAUCAACAGUGAUAAUCACUAAACAAUACCCCCAAGUGCAUCAAUCUGAUUAACAAUGUAAUCAACUAUUCAGUGUGCCAGUCACAUUUUUUGUAAUGGGGUGACAGGUUCAGCUUCACACAAUGACAGUGGUACAGGCUGCUUUAACCUUACUCGCUCUAUUACUUACCAUGAGAUUAUUUGCUGCUGUGCACAGUCAGUGUUUGGGUAAAGAAUUUCCCCCUUAAAUCAAGCUGUUAUAAACAUUUACUUUUGUACUGAAGAUUUUUUAUACCAAGCUUCUAUCACUGUUAAAGCCAGACUGACUUCCACUUUGCAAUUUCAUUUAACAGCUCACCCAAGGGCACUAUAGUAGAAGAGACAGUGAACUGUAAAAUAAAAAUAGCAAC